AACAUAUCUCACUUCCAUACAAACACCAUUCUCUCCUCUUCUUCUAUAUACUCUCUUUACCAAAAAAAGAAGGAUAUAUUAUCAAAAUGAUGGAUGGAAAAUUUGUCAAGGCAUGCCAAAAGAUGGGCACAAAAGUGAUAACUUGUGCAACAAAUUGUGACAAAUGUUGUAAGUGGACAAAAUGGCCAUUUGUGCAAGAAGAUAAUAAUAUCCCUAGAGAUGUUCCAAAGGGUCACUUAGUGGUGUAUGUAGGAAAAUACCAAAAGAGAUUUGUAAUCAAAAUUACUUUGCUCAAGCAUCCACUAUUCAAAGCAUUGUUAGAUCAAGCACAAGAAGAUUUCUAUGAUUACAAUCAUGUUGAGUCAAAAUUAUGGAUCCCUUGUGAUGAAAACAUAUUUGUAAGUGUUAUUAGAUGUGCCACAUCUCCAAAAAAUAGACGUAUCUCUAUAUGUUUUUGAUGUUUAAAUCAUAUACAUACCUUGUGAUUAAAUUUCAUUAAUUCAUGAUGUUCAACUCAUAGAUAGAAUGUUGACAUCUAUUAAGUCUAUAUUAUAUCAUAUCGUGUGUAUUCGUUGCCUAAUGUAUCUUAAAAGCAUUACUUCCUAAGGCAAGAAAAGUAAAGCCGGUAAAUUCAUUUAGAAUCGUGUCAAAUUAGAUUUUGCGCCUAAGUCACACCUCCAACCGCUAGUUUAAAGGGAGGAGGAUUGUUUAAGCCUUAUAAGGAGCCCAGAAUAUCGUCAUUCAUUUACUAAUGUGGGGACAUUUCAUUCAUCACCCGUCGUGUUUGGAUCCGAAUAUUAUCUAUCAAAGAUACAUUGUCUGGUCCAGUACGUGCACAUUCAUGGCCCGGGGGAUGUUGUCAUCCAGACAACUAUUCGAUUUCCUAAGGGGCCACAUCGAGCAAGGCUAUGAUACUAUAUAAAAUUAGGUCUUAGGCAUAACGCAUUAUCCAAAAAGUUUAGCUCAAAUGAAAAAAGAUUGUUCAAGCUUUUAUCACAAGGACAUUCCAUUCAUCAAGUCACUUAGUGGCGUAUGUGAAAUUUUGUGAAGUUAUAUCAGUCGAUAUUAUCACAAUUUAACUUGUAUGUGUUAAAUCUGUCGGUUGCAUCUUAUGCAAAUUGAUGCUUAUUUUGUGUUAAU